GGACAAGACAGAAAGCAACCUGACGACCUCCCUCUAUAGACGUCCCCAGAGGAACCGACAUCCCAUUGACCCUGCUGCUCUCCCCUCUGCAGCGUCUCUCGACGGAUUUUCGUCUCUUGUCCUCUAUACCUCUCUGCCAUCAUGUUCUCUCGCGCUGCGCGCCCGGCCCUGAAGGCCGGCAGUGCCGCUCUCACUCGCACUGCUCCUCCCAAUGCCGCCACCUUCGCGACUCUGCGUGAAAUUGAGGGCCGUCUCAAGUCCAUCAAGAACAUCGAGAAGAUCACCAACACCAUGAAGGUCAUCGCCUCCACUCGUCUCACCCGUGCCCAGAAGGCCAUGGAGGAGUCCCGUUCCUACGGUUCGACUUCCAACACCCUCUUCGAGAAGGCGGAGACCAAGGCUGUGGAGGGCCAGAAGACCCUCUAUGUCGUCGCCUCUUCCGACAAGGGUCUCUGCGGUGGUAUCCAUUCCGGUCUGAGCAAGGCUACCCGCAAACACCUGGCGGAGAACCCUGAGGCCGAUCUCGUCAUCCUGGGCGAGAAGGCUAAGGCUCAGCUGGGCAGAGUCUAUGCCAACAACAUCGUUCUGAGCUUCUCCAACGUCUGCAAGGACGUCCCGACUUUCGCCGACGCCCAGGCCAUCGCUGACCAGAUUGCCCUGCUUCCGACCGACUACUCCAGCAUCAAGGUGAUCUACAACAAGUUCGUCAACGCCCAGAGCUACGAGCCCGAGGUCAUCGAGGCUUACUCCGAGGAGGCGAUCACCCAGUCCCCCAACAUCUCCGCUUAUGAGGUGGACGAUGAGGUUCUCAAGAACCUCCGCGAGUACGCUCUCGCCAACAACCUGUACUGGGCUCUUGCCGAAGGCCACGCUGCUGAGAUCUCUGCUCGUCGCAACGCAAUGGAGAACGCUUCCAACAACGCUGGUGACAUGAUCAACAGGUUCCAGAUCUUGUACAACAGACAGCGUCAAGCCGCCAUUACCGGUGAACUGGUCGAGAUUAUCACUGGUGCUACUGCUAGUGAGGACAUGUAAAAUCUGUCAACGUGAUGCUGCCAGGAGGAAUCGCCUCGUGUGCAGAAUUGUCCAUAC